UCGGAGAACAGUCCAGAGGCACUUUGUGAGUGACAGGCAGUCUAUAGACUUACCUCUGAUGGAUUCUGGGUUCUAACUCCUGAACUUGGGAUAGGGUUAAUUAUCAGGAAUCCAAAGAUGACCUUAGCUACCACCUUCCUGUUUUUUGCGAUCCAUUUAGCCUGUAUCAGAGCUGGAAAUUCCUCUGAGAAAUUUAUCAAACUGGAGUGUAAUGAAGAAUACCAUGGGGUUUAUGGUCAGCAGUCAUUGCUGCAGUGUAAUGUCAAAGCUGUUGAGAACGUGACCAUCGUGAUUGUGACCUGGAAGAGGGUGGAAGCUGAUACUCUUUUGUUGGAAUACAAUCAAGAUGAAUUUCACCCAACCCCUGGAUUUAAAUUUGCUGAGCCAUCCUGGAACAAGGAUAAUAUGAAUGUGUCCUUGUUGUUGACAAAGACCAAGAUGGCCGACAAGGGGGUGUAUGAAUGCAUGGUGACCACAGACCGUGGUGAUGAUACAGCUACAACCAGCCUCAGUGUCACAGCUAAGUACAUAACUCCAACCAUGAGCUCCAUCCCUGAGACCAACAUCAAAGAGAACACAGAUGUGACCAUUUUCUGCAACUCUACAGGCGGGCAACAGACAGGGUUGAUCUGGUGGUUUGACCAGGAUGGCUACAAUUGGACGCACAGGGCUGAACUGGUGGCCAAAGAGACUGACGAUGGACUGUUUAGCCUCUCCAGUAAAUUCACAGUGCAGAAGGCUACAUCCAGUUACUCAAACUACACGUGCAAAGUGCUCAAUAGCAAUGGUGCCGAGGAGGGGGUGGCAUCAUUUGUGAUCCAGUCAGCUCCGCAAGUCUCAGAAAUAAACGCUGACCAUUUGGAUUCUGAUUCCACCACCCACUGGCUAGCCCCGGUUGUAGUCAUAGGAUCUCUGGUCAUUGGACUCCUUGCUGCGCUGCUGAUAUUUAAGAGGCGCUCCGCCCAACGUUUUGUGUCAUUUUUGAGAGGAGCUCGAAGGCAGUCCACCUUUCCGUUAAUGAGUGACCACCAACCAGUUACUAGGCAUGAUGGAGAUGUUGAGGCAGAAGGUCUAAACAGUGACAGUCCACAGGACCAGCGUGACAGUCUCUAGUAAAUGAUUCAUUAACGGGCAGUCUCUGGAAGGGACUGUUUCCUUGACAAUCAAUAAGGGGCUUGUCACCAUCACAAUCUUUUGAUGGACUGUUUCCUGUUAAGUGUCCGAUGACAGUCACUUUGGCACUCAGGUGAUUCUGAUUGAGGCAUCUGUUUCUUCAUAAUCUACUGAUGAUGACAGCCUUUAAGGUCUGUGGUUGAUUACAAAUGAUAUGUAACUGCCCUAUAUAUCAAUGUUUCUAUACAGGGUUGCCAUGGUGUCAUAAUGCUCUAGAUUCUACCACUGCAGAACAUUGGUAUACUGUAAUACCAGGUAAUCUAAUCAAUGUACACACUGUACUACAAGGUGCAUGGUUUAACAUUCCACGUUUCCUAUACUGUAGAUUUUACCAUAGUGGUUGUUAUUACUAUACUGUAACACCAGACCAUCUAAUCACUAUAACUUAACACAUGGUUCUAUACUAAGGUUGUGCGAACAUUCAAUUUGAACACAGCACUUUUCUGAAAACAUGUAGUAAAACUGGUUUCCCUUCUGAAAGAGGGUUUCGCAAGACUGUACAACAACCACUCUUACAACCAAAAGCCAGCCUGUUGCUCCUACCACAGAGGAUUUGUUUGUGGCCUUCCUCUUACUCCUUUCUUCUUGUCUUGCGCCACCUGCUGGUGGAAAAUUCAGGUCUAUAUUUAUAUAGAUACUAGCCUUUAAACACUGUGGUUGAUGACUUUAACAGUCUAUGUUUAAAAGCCUAACAUGAUUGGUUCUGUACAGCAGGGUUCCCCAACUGGCGGUCCUCGGGCCAAAUUGGUUUUAUUCCCCCCCCACCCAAGUUUUCAUAAAUGAACUAUAAAAACACUAGGAAAUCAGCUCCAAGUUAUUUUAAUUUAAGAAGUCUGUUCCCAAGUAUUCCUAUGCAGAAUAGAGAGACACGUGAUCAUAUAGAAAUGUAAGCAAGGUUUGAAAUGAUUCUGUUCUAGUCAAACAUGAUAUAUUUUUGGGCUUCUUGCGUUUAAUUUGCAGUCUACACAUUUUUUGCAAUUAUGUCCCGUCCGUCCCCCCCGACUCAGGAAAAAAAAAUCGGCCCACGGCUGAAUCUAGUUGAUGAUCCCUGCGGUAUGGGGUUGCCAUAGUGUCAGUAUACUGUAGAUUCUACCAGUAUGAUUGUUAAAACUGUACUCUUAACACCAAGCCAUCUAAUCCUUGUAACGUUUCACACUACACUAGAAGGUUCAUGAGCAAUGUUUCCUCUGAUUUUUUUCAUCACUGAGCACACUUCAGUUCCGCUGAGCGCAAACUUGAACGUUGUGAAAAUUCUGUCCCACUUCCGAACACUGAGGCUGUACCCACUUUUAAGUUAGUUUUAACAGUGGUCAAGUUGGCUACUGUGGCUAUUUGAUCAUAAUGUAGGCCUACCAGAGUGGUCUACCAUCAAAAACAAUGGAACAAAUGCCUCCUAUAACAUUUGAACACGGAAAUAGCUGUUCUAUUAUUCAGCCUACAGUAGCAGUCAAUGUGUGGUGUUCAAUGUAGCGCUGCAUUCAAUGAGACUUUUGAAGAAAACAUGCCAGGCUUGACAUGAACUUGUUUCUCCACUUGUCCUUCAGACAAGGAGGUGACUGACAAUGUUGCUGUGUUGUUUGUUUAUGCGUGUACAACACACUUUUCCAAAAAAUAUGAAGUAAACUGGUUUCGCCUCUGAAAAGACGGUUCUGGUAGAUACUCUACUUUGAUUCUGCUCCAAUGUGUAUGUGAAGAAAUGCUAGGCUAAAUAUAAAUAGUACAUCACUUUUGACUAGAAGGAAUCAGGGAGCCAUUUUGAAUUCAACCUUUGACUUGACUUUGUGUCACCUCUGGAACGUAUUGUAACAUUAACCCAACCUUGUUACCAACAGCCAGCCUGUUGCUUCAAUAGUUCUGCCACAGCAGUUUCUUUUGAUUUGUCCUUCCUUUUUUCACCUGGUGGUUGAUUAUGAAAAAUGUGGAAAAACAUUUAGAAAACGUUUUGUGGGGCAGCAAUUGUCUUCUAUUUACAUAAUGAUUGUUUCAGUUCCCAUGAUGUUUUACUGCUGUCAUGUUGCUGUUGAUGGCAUUGCAAAUGGACUUGAGAAAUCUGUUGUUGUAUUGUGGCAACUUGAGGUGAACGCUGUCCACAACAAGACUACACCUCCCACAAUUCCUUCCAACUCCUCGACAGUGUCUGUUCCUUCUUACUUAAGUGCACACUUGGCAGUUGUCACUGUAGAUACAGAUAUGAUGAACCUAUUUCUAUGCCAGUCAGCAUGGACCUAGUCAGGGCUCCUCCACAGAAGGCUGGACUUUGAUCUUUUUUUGUUGUUGUUGAUUUUGGCUCUGAUCUACUAUUGGUGGCUUGAGAUGUUUGUGCGUCAAGUUAUGAUUAUUUCCCAAUUCAAACAAAAAAUAAGACAUGUUAUUUCGUAGUGUAAGAGGUCAAGAUGAGAGAGGAAUCCUGUCUAUAUAUGAAGUGAUUAUCAAGUGAUUUGUUAAUACGUUUUUAUUUUUUAAGACAACUUCCUGUUUUCAGCACAUAGAUAUGCCUGCUUGAGGCCUGCUCUGCAUCUAACCCCAUAUAACAGACUUUGUUAUUGCUACAUUUGGUAUGUUUUUAUAUGUGACUUUGUUUGUUAUGAAUAAAUCAUUGAGAUUAAAGCUUUUUUACUUUGUCCAGAUAUAACAUGUAAAUAAUCUAUUGUAUAUUAUGUCCGGGUAUAUUUUGCACUGUGAAAUUCCUGUUCAGAUCCUGCACCUUGAUAAUGUUAAUUAAAUAUAGGACAGUGAGAAAUUUGUUACACUGAACGUUUUGUAAAUACUUUCACUUGUUGUUUUUAAAUACUACCAUCUUUAAACAAAUAAAAAAGCAUUAUUGAU